UGUUGGGCUGAAAAGCCAAAAUUUUAAUGGUGUUCAAAAAAAAUCAUGUUAUAAAAUAAUAAAUAAUUUUUUAAUUUAAAAGAAAUUAACAAUAUUUUGUUAAAAAUGAGUAAGAAAAUGUGGAAUAAGAUUUUCAAAUCGAAAUCAUCCAAAAGUGCUAAGAUACCCGCCAGCGUUUCAAGUAAUACGGAUAUAAAUUAUAAACGUUGCAGCAUUUAUGAAGAGUAUCAGCAAUUAAAUGGUUUAGUGAAUAGUGAAAAAAGCGCACAUAACUUAAAAAAAUUUAAAGAAAAUAAACCCCAAACGAACGAAAAUAUAAUUGCUGCAGUAACCGCAGUGAAAAAUGAUCAAACCAAAAAUGAUGUGAUUGCACCUUCAAUUGCAAUUGUCGCUGGCAACACUUUUUUGCAAAGUGUUGAAACAGUGCCCGGUUCCAAUCCGAAGCAGCAGUCAACAUUCGCAAAAGUUGUCAAUACUCUUACGCUUAAGCGCAGCACUCAACAGCAAAAAGAUUCAAAAUCGUCCAAAGCCCGAGGCAACGGCAACAACAGCAGCAAUUGCAAUGAAAACGGAAGUGCAACAUUAAAAAAAAACAAAACAAAAGAACGAUCAACUUCUAAAAAUAAUAAAAAAAGUGAGUCUACGAAUAUUGCUACUGUGCCGCCUCCAUUGCAUGCAUCCACUCAUUCAUUGAUAUCAACCUGCUCCAGACGUUCUUCACAAUAUAUAAUUGUUGUUAGCAAAAUUGUUUGUGAUGCUCCAAAUGCAUUCAAUGACGAUAGCAAUGUUGCCGCUUAUACAAAAGUCGCUGUCAAUGAUAUUGCAAAACAUGCGCGAUCGCCCGUAACAUGUUGCAAUGUUGCUAACUUGACUAACACCAACAAAUGCCUGCAUGUUUCAAAACAAAAUAUCAAAAUAACGGAGCCAACAGAACAACCUGAUCCCGAUACCAGCGAUGAGCUGUUUCCUUGUCCAAUUUGUAAUCGGACUUUCCAUCCUUUGAUAUUUGAAAAACAUGCGAGCAUCUGCGAACGUACUGCGAAAAAAAAGCGACAACCUUUCGAUUCUAAACGACAAAGAACAGAGGGAACUGAUCUAGCAAACUAUAAUCCGCCCCGAUUACCUGGUGCACGUGUGAGUCAUACGUUGUUGUCUCCAAGACUAACUACGCGAAAGCAGCUGCAAAAUACUGAGUCACCAACUGUUACCACAAUAGCAAGUGCCGCUCCAAAAGUAUCACGUAAUAUAUCCACUACGUCAGCAUCAGGGUCAAGUAGUAACACACCACUAUAUCAGAGAUCUAUUUCGGAGUCAUCAAAACGUUCUAUGAUACCGCCAGAAGAGCAUUGUCCAUACUGCGGACGAACAUUUUGUCGCAAAGCUUUUGAUACCCAUGUUGGCUACUGCAAGACAAAAUUAUUGAGAGAUGCAAAUAAGCCAGUUGAUCCUAGUAAAGAAGUACUAAGGGAACGCAUGGAAAUGCGUCAGAAAUUUGUACCACCAUUAUUGAAAAGCAAACGUUACCUUAAUCGCGUAAAAUACUCAGCAGCUGAGGCAGUUGAGGCUCGCGAGGCCGCCAAAAAUCAGAGUAAAAAUGAAAGUACAAUUUCUGUUGUGGAUAAAGAACUUAACUCGAAGACACCAUUGGCUAAACACCAUGAUAGCUAUAAUGAAAGUGUAAAUAAUAAUAAUAUAGCAAGUCUCAACAGCACCAACAGCAGAAAAACUACAAAUGAUGGCAAUAGUUUAAUUACAUCUAACGAUAAAAUUGGCAUAAUGUCAUUAUCAAUGACUUCAUCUCUAACAAGUAACAGCUUGGAUAGAUCAUUUUACUUCUUAGCUGGUGGCAUUGUUAUUCAUAAUAAUGCCGUUGAUAUUAAUGAUAAUCUAUUGCCAACAGAGAAUGGCAAUUUCAAUUUCAGACUUCAAUCAAAAAGAUGA